GGACACAAAUGCUGACUUUACUAAUUGCGUUGAGUACGCUAAGUUAUAGAGCCAGUCAGACAGUCGCUUGUAACGCCGAACCGUAGGCGCACGUAGGAAAUAUAUCUACUGUGUUCCACGUGUUACCAUCUUAUUUAUUUAAUCCCAAAUUACUGACCCUGAACUUAAUAUAUAGCAGUGAUAAGUGGUGUAGUGUAUAGGUACACAAAGACAUAAUAUACAGACCACCUACAUUGGUGACCCCGACUAUAUCAGUGGACUGGGAUUAAAUUAGUGUCGUUCGUGUGUUGUCGUCGCGGAACGUAGAGACUCGCAAAAUGAACCCCGUGCAUCCAGUAUCCGUUCCUACGCAGCCGCCUAGUGCUGUGAAAACGGAGGUUAGCAGCGGAGAAGAGAACUUAGCUUCAGUGACGGUAUCGUCGAGAAUUCCUGAGUUUUGGGUAGACAAACCACGCCUCUGGUUCGUGCAGUUCGAGGCCACGGUGUUUUCGCAAAAACUCAGCGAUGCAGCAAAACAGAAUUUGGUCGUAACAAAAUUGAGCAAGAACGCUAUUGAACAAGUUAGUGAUCUGUUGCUGAACCCACCAGCCGACAAUAAGUAUACUAGCUUAAAGGACCGGCUACUGCAGGUGUUCGAAGAAAGCGAAGCCAGACAAUUUCAAAAGUUGUUGGGAGAAAUGGAGCUAGGUAGCCAAAAGCCGUCUCAAUUAUUAAGGCGCAUGAGGGACCUAGCCCGUAAGAAAAUUCCCGAUGAAACGCUGAAGAUUAUGUGGUCAGGGCAUCUGCCAGCGUCGGUGCGAGCAGUUUUAGCUGUUACCGAGGUCAGUGAUCUGGAAAACUUGGCUAUCGUGGCCGACAAAAUAAUGGAAACUACGCGGCCGAUCGACGUGGCUGAGGUAGCCAGCACCAGCUCCACGUGGCAAUCGGACGUCGUUUCUCAGAUUGCUACGCUUACUCAAGAAAUAAGGAACAUGAGCUGGAGGAGCAGGGAGUCGCAGCGAGGUAGACAACAAGCACGUACCCAAUCUCAAAAUCGUGGCAGGAGCAAGUCAAGGGAGAGCCGAAGCCGUAAUAACCCGGAUUGGUUAUGUUUCUACCACUUCAGAUAUGGAAAAAAGGCUGCGAAGUGCAUCGAUCCAUGCAAUUGGGAAAAGAAGAGUAAGUCGGAAAACUAAAGUUGGUGCAGUCGGCGGCGGACGGCUACACCAACUUCGAGAAUCACCGUCUAUGCGUAACCGACCGUAAAAGUGGUUACAAUUUCUUGGUGGACACCGGAGCGAAUAUAUCGGUAAUAC